CCCUGUAUCCAUAACAGCGUGGGUGCGACAGGCAGCAUGACCGCUUUACGGCUACGAGAAAGCACCGAAAGCCACUUAAAACGGCGAAGAUCGGACGUUUUAUCACCCCGUAGGUGCAGGUAGAGGCUCCGUGUUGCCUUUUUCCUCUAAGGGGACGUUUCUUUAACAUAAAGGACUUGACUGGGCCACGGUGGAGUGACGUUAUAAACAUUCUGGGAUGCCAAAACAAGGUGGAGAGCAACGCAUGGACGCGUGAGUGCGUUUAAAAAAAGAUGACAUGACUUCCUGUGGGUUGUGCAAGCGGCGCUCCGGCUCGUAUUGGACAGACGCAGAAGGAAGCGGAGGCACUGAGCCGAACGCUCUCAGAUAGUGCACACCUACCGUCUGCCUCGUCCUCAUCCACCUGCAGCCACGAUGGCAUCGAUACAGCAGCGGUCCCUCACCGUUUCCCUCUUCUUCAUCAUCAUCCUCCUCCUCCUCAGCAGCAACAGAUGUCAUCCUCACAUCAUCCCUCGUGUCACCUUUCCUCUCGAGAGCCCUGGUCGGCCUUUUACUGUCUUCAGCCUUCCUGAUGUUUAUAACACCACCACACUCCUGCUGAGCGACGACGAGGAGACGCUGUUUGUGGGAGCGAGAAACGCCAUUCUGUCGCUCAGUAUCAGCAACACAGGACACCUGCAGCUCAGCAAGAAGAUCGACUGGUCCCCCACAAACGAGGAGCUGAAAGAAUGUGGCAUGAAGGGCACAGAUGAGAUGGACUGUCCAAAUUUUGUGCGAGUGCUGCAGGUUCUGAACUCUACACACAUGUUUGCGUGUGGAACGUUUGCCUUCAGUCCUCGCUGCAGCUUCAUUAAGUCUGAGCAGUUCACCCUGGCUGUGAAUCCCAGCGGUAAGCCAGAGGAGGGUCGAGGUCGCUGCCCUUACAACCCCUACCACAAAAACACAGCCAUCACUGUGGGUGGAGAACUUUACACCGCCACAGUGGCUGACUACCAAGGGAAUCGUCCCAUCAUCUCUCGUCACCUGAGUGAAGGUGACCAUGUGGAUAUGAAGCUGGAUGAUUCCUCAGGCUGGCUGGAAGAUCCCACCUUCAUCAGCUCUACAUACAUCCCCAGUGAGGAAAAGGUUUAUUUCUUCUUCAGUGAGUUGGGUCGUGAGUAUGACUUCAUCGACAAGUUCACCGUCUCUCGCAUCGCUCAGGUUUGCACGAGUGAUGUAGGUGGACAGCGGACACUGCAGCGACGAUGGACCACCUUUGCUAAAGCUCAGCUGCUGUGUCAGACCAAAGGUGAGCUGCCCUAUAACGUCCUGCAGGAUAUGACCAUUCUGAAGCCUCCAGAGGGCGCCGACGAGGACGACACACUCUUCUACGGCAUCUUCAGCUCGCAGUGGUCUGUGAACUCUGGUCGUUCGGCGGUGUGUGUGUUCAGCCUGCGAGAUAUUAAAAACGUGUUCACCGGAAACUUCAAAGUGCUGAACAGGGACACGCUGAAAUGGAGCAAAAGAACAGGACCACAGGAGAAGAUCGCUAAACCUGGAGAGUGUGGUCUCCAUAAUGCCUCGGAUAACGUGCUCCGCUUUGUCAAGGAGAACUUCCUGGCUGAUAAGAGAGUGGCGUCAGUCAGUCAGGAGCUGACGUUAGUGUCUCCUGACCAGCGCUACAGCAAUGUUGUGGCUCAGAGAGUGAAGGGAGCUAACGGGAGUGAAUACACUGUCCUGUACCUGCUCACAGAAAGCGGCUACCUGCACAAAGCUGUUCUGCUGGAGGGUGAAGCUCACAUCAUCGAGGAGAUCCAGGUGCUGAAGCAGCCUCAGCACAUCACAAACCUUCUGAUCUCCGUCUCAAAGGGUGCAGUGUUUGUGGGCUCCGCUGAGGGCGUGGCAUCUGUUCCAGUCUCAAACUGCGCUCACUACCGGAGCUGUGCUGAGUGUGUGUUAGCCAGAGAUCCUUUCUGUGCCUGGGAUUCGACACAGCUAAUGUGUGCUCUCGUCUCAUCUAUUAAACAGCAGCUUGUUCAGGAUGUAGAUGAAGGAAAUGUGCUGAAAGUGUGCAAGUCCUUCAACACACUGACUCCUAGAGGACGCUUCAUCACGCCCGGCACUCACAGCGAGCGGGUUCUGGUGUCACUGAGAGACGUGGUGCGUCUUCACUGCCAGGUGUCGUCUCAGCUGUCUGUGCUGCACUGGGAACGACUCGGAGGCGAGCUCUCCUCAGACAUCUACAUCCUGAAGGAUGACCGCAGCCUCACCUUCCUGGCCACGCCAACAACGCUGGGCACCUACAAGUGUCUGGCCACCGAGCACAACUUCACCCAGACACUGGCUAUUUAUGAGGUCAGACAGAAGCAAGAAUCCACCUUUCAGCCCUCGUCCACUCCCUCCACCCUCAGCCCUCAGAGCACAAGAGAAGCCACGUCUCCUCCCCCGAAGCCUGAGACGAUGCCCGGUGCUAAAGACGAGAAACCUGUGACGGAGGAAACGCAGAAAGCGACUACGGGCGUGGCAGCGAUCACAGUCAUGCCGAGCUCCAGCAACGCCCCAGACAAUGGCUCCACCAACAGGCUGCAGCUCGAGAGCAGCACGAGCUACCUGAAGGAGCUGGUGGCUGUCACCGUGCUCUUAGUCAUGUGUAUUUGUGCGUUGCUCUUGGUGGCGGCGUACAAUCUGAGGAAGUACUAUCACAGCCGGACCGUGCCACAUUUACCCUCCAUACACAGAGAUACAGGAAGUACAGAGGGAGGCAUGGAGCACGAGAGACAGGCGCUGAAGGGAGAUUCACCUCAACUGGAUAAACACAACGGGCAGAAAUCUCCAAACACCCCAAGCAACGGCGUAUCCAGCGGCUCCAACGGCCACCUCCCCAACAUUCCGAUCUGAACACAGAACCUUUCGCUUUCACUGCCUUUACUCAGCAAAUCGGUACUCGCGGGGUUCUACCACAUUAUAGCCUUUUAUGUCACCUGCUUCUGAGCCAGUACAGAGCUAAUAGCGUCUUCUGUCCUGUUUAUUAACAGAGUAACCAUGAUUUCAGCUCACGAGUGAAAUGCAGCUCAGGCUGCAGGUGGAGUCAUGUGGAAAAUGUGGGAGGGGUUUCGUCGUUUUUUCUAAAUAAAAUAAAACGUGCUACAGGAAAGCGUUCACCUGAAAAGAUUUGAGAGAAAUUCAAUCCCAGCGACACCGUAAACAUCCGUAAUGCUUCUGAUCUAACAGGUUAAGUUUGCACAAAGUUUUGUACAGCACAUGCCCCACAUGAUCAAACCCUAACAAAACCUUGUUGAUUUUAAUUAUUUUUUUUUAUUUGUUUGUUUAAGGUUAAGGAAAGUGUUCAGGACAGACGAGUUUGAGCUUCUCGGUAACGUAGAGAGAGAAGAAGGCUAGUGAAGGAGCGAGCGUACAGUAUGUAGCUGCUAUAUAUAAUGUAAACAAUACCAGGAACUAGCUCGUUUUGUGGACUCAGUAAACGUAACUAAGGUAGAAACAGAUAUCGUUGAGCCACAUUGCAGCACGGAUUUUAGAUAUUUCGGUACAUCUUCACUUCCUGUGGUUUCGAUCCCCCCCUUUUUUUUCUUAUUGGUUCAAUAAUACCUUGUAAACGUCGGCUUAGCUCGAAACGGACCGUUUUAUUUUUUUGUAUAAAGUUUCUUCUCGUUCUAAAAAGCUCUGUAAAGAUAAACACAGCAAAACAAACCACUUCAUCCAGUUUCUCAAGGAUCCCAGUCGCUCCGCAUGAGUAGGAUUCCGGAAACUCCAUUAAAAAAAAAAAUGACGUGUUUGAGUUUAUUUAAGUAAAUUAUUUGGUUCGGGUUUAAACGUAGACUCGUUAAGAGGAUCGGUUCGUAGCUUUCAGUACUUUCACCCAAAUGAUCUGAAUGAUCUCGUAGCACGUUUCAGGAGAAUUUCUUCUCAACGUCAUCAGCAGCAAAAUUGUAACCGUUUCAGCUUCUUAAGGUUCUGAUUAAUGCUAAACCUGUCGGUACGCUAGUCAACCUGCACUUCGUUGCAUCGUGCUAAAGGUCUAGUAGCUCGGGGAAAAGGACGCUCAUGUGGAACAACCGACGUCGAUCUAGAUACAAGAACAUGACAUCAUGACUCGUAACGGAGCCACGAUUCUUCCUGUGAACGUUUCUCUACUCUGCACAUUUGUGGCACAUACCUUUUUUUAUAUAUAUAUAUAUAUACAUAUAUAUUUUUACGAAUAUUUCUCACGGUACGAAGCCACUUUAGCUCGUAAAAUCUCUACUCAAACUGACGAGAGCGUCCGAGGUACGGCGUCGUUUCCAUGAUUCGCGAGAUGAAAACGAAAUCCGAUCUGUAGCUUCUGCAGUAUUUUUUAUUUUGUUUUAUUUUUUCCUUAUUUUUUCACUAAGCCGAUUAUAAACCUGUAAAUUAUAGACAAAGAGCUUUAUUUUUAUGUAAAGUGACUGCAGGUUCCUGUAGCGGAUUAUGAUUUUGCAGUAUUGUUGUAUUUUUUUGUUGUUGUUUCCCAUCUCUAUGUUUCUAUACAUCAGUGUAUCAUUAAUAUUGUGACACAAACAACCGAUUUAGAUGAUUUUUAUUUGCUUUUUUUUUAAAUGUUGUUUUAAAUAGCUAAUAAAUAGCAGGCUGCUGUUGGCACUUUGGUAGUUAAUCUAAAGGUAAAUAUUCUUUACUGUUUGUCAUGUGGUGCGACCAAACAUCUGAAUGUCGGGAGAUCGUGGAAAGUGAGAUUAAUGGUUUAACGACGAGAUUAAAACUGCACCUUUUUAAAAAAAAAAAGAAA